AAGUAACAUUUUAUAAUUUAAACAUUUUAUGCUUUUAAAUUUCAUUUUCACAUGAAUUGAUUCCAUCAAUCGUGGUAGGUUUGUGCUUAGAAAGAGCUUUCAAAAAACCAGAAGAAUGCUAGUCUACAGGUGAAACUUCAGUUGACUUCUCAGGAAUCCGCCGAAAAGUUAUAUAUAUGGAAUACCCCCAUCAGUCUGAAUUUUUUCAAGGAAUAAAGCUGCCAAAGAUGUAACCUCAACCCUACAAGUAAUCAGAUUCAUCAAACGAAUGGGAUGACAGUCUUCUAGACAGAAAAAUCAGUCUUUCUUAAAUGCAUACAGUUUGGAGAAAAAGGCGGUAGUGACUGGAGAUGCAAGAGGACACAGAGGACCAAAAUGAUAGUGACAGCGUUGAUUCUGAGGUGGCCAUGUUUUCACAAAGCCCCAAUUUAGAAUUUUCAUUGACUAAUCAAGACCGCUUCGCUAAAGCAGCUCGGCAAGAAUAUGAAGCUAAUUUGGAUCAGAAAUUACAAGAACUGGGUCUGUAUGAGGAAGGCAUGACAAUACAUCAAAAAGAGGAGUUAUUGGCAGUUGUAGUUGUCUCUUGUGAAACUGCAGAGCAGGAGGAAACUAAAAGACAAAUACUUCAUGAGCUGUUAGAAGAUCCUGGUGAUAUAUGCAGAAAUGACAUGGAGUUUAGUUUUCAAGAAUCAGCUUGGCUUGUGAAUGAAGGCAGUUUGUUACACCCUACGAGUAUUGUUUGUCCCGAAACAUCUCUUUCCUCAAAUAUUUCAAGUGUAUAUUCAUGUUCUGCUGACUUUGAUGCAGCCCUAGAAGAAAAGCAUUUUAAUGAUCUACUGAAUUAUAAUUCUGUAGAUAAAUUCUUGGAAAGUUCUCCUCCUGAAAUUUUGGAAUGUUUAUCAGUCUCCAAAAAUACUUCUGAUCUGCAACAACCAUCUACUUCAAGCAUUCAAAGGAACGACAGAAUGUCCAUGAGAAGUAUUGGUUCUUUCACUAAUCCAGCAAAUGAAGAUCAAAGCUGCAUGAGGACUGGAGAAAUCAUUGAUAAGAAGAUUAUGUGCAAAGAGGAAAAAAUCCAGCUGGAAGAAAGCAUGUCUUUUUGGAAACCAUGCUUAUCACCAGAAGAAAAGUGUUUAUCUUCUUCGAGAUUUGAAUUGCGAGAGAAUCAAGAGGACUCAAAGUUUUCAUGUAAACCAGACUGCGGCAAAAAACACUUGGCUUAUCUUGAAGAUUUUGCAAAUGCAUUGAUUAAAAGGAAAAGAAAAUCUAAAAUUGUGCCUUUAAGUAAACCAUAUCUGUUGUCGCAUCGUGGAUUACAACCAAAGAAAGUAAAUAAAUUGGACAGUUAUGAUCAUAUGGUUGGUGUCCAUGAUGAAACGAACAUUGAUGAACUGCUUCAAGAGCUGAAUUAUAUACAGAAAAAUUCAUCCCAAAAUGAAUCCGUCUCAAGAAUUUCAGGAAGUGCCUUUAAAUGUGUUAGACCUGGCCCCUCUAGAAAAAUUAAUUGUUCAGCCCUUGCUUUAGAAAAUGAUACUGAUGGCAACAUAGAAUUCAGGACUACUCGAUCAGGUGCCAGGUACAGCUAUAAAAAACCACCUGACAAAUCCAUAUUCACAAAAAAGCAAAUAACUUCAACUGAAAUUAGUAAGAAAAAAGCAUCUCAAUUGAGCCUGCUAAGUAAAAAUGAAAUAGAGAAUCUGAUUUCUUUGCAAGAUUUCUUCCAAGACUCUCAAAAUAAUUCAGAUAUUAUUUGUGAGAAAUUGCCAGAGUUUAAUAAUCUAAGGCCUGAUGUUUUAAAACCUGUCUCUACAAUCCAUCCCAAGGCUUCCACUGGAAAUCAAAGGCUUCAAAACUGUUUACCUGAUUCUACAAGUGAACAGAGCUCUGCAAAUGUUGAUGCGAGUCAUUCGUCUGAACAUGAACAGCAUUUAGUGAGUUCUUCACUGAUAGAAUCUGAUUCUUCUGACAAUUCAGUGAUAGAUGUGGAAACCAUUGUAGAUGAUGAAAUCCAAAAGUUUGUCUUAAAAAGGAAAAUGUUACAGAAUCAUCAAAUUGGAAAUAAACCAAAGAAUUCAAGUUAUUCCAAAAGAAUGAAGAAAAACGGGGUAUAAUCAGUGCAAGAAAUUUUUUUUAACUAUGCAAUUUUAAAAGUUCUAACUGUAAAAAUAGCAAUGUACACUGCCCCCCCCCAAAAGGGGACAGUGCUAUAUCUCCCAUUCUACUGGGCCGAUUGACAAAAUUCAAACUGCAUUCUUCAUGUCUCAAAAGUGUGA